GAACUUUUCGCCAUUUUCUAGUUUUGUACACGUUCGAAAUAUAUCUAACACACAUUUUUCUGUCGAAACUUGCAAAUUCUUUUUCUUUUUCGGCUUAUUAUUUCCAAAAUAUAUGCUUCAAUUUCUACAAAAAAUCCUCAAAAAUAAACUUAAAUCAAGAACGCACCCAAAACGCUCACUAAAAUAAGCUUUACUCCUCUAACUACCACAAAUAAAACAAAAUGCCCAAAGGUAAAUAUGUAAAUCACAAAGGACGUAGCCGUCACUUCACCAGUCCCGAAGAACUGCAACGUGCCGAAGAAGAAGGUUCCGAAAAGAGCGAAGAAGAAUCUGAAAACGAAUCCGGUUCAGGCUCUGAAGAAGAAACCUCUUCCGAAGAUGAAAAUGCCAAAGGCAAGGGUGUAUCCAAGCUUAUCGAAAUCGAAAAUCCAAAUCGAGUACGAAAGAAGGCAAUUGUCAAGGUCACUACAGUUGAAGAAGCUGCAAAACCCGAAUUGACACGUCGCGAGCGUGAAGAGCUUCAAAAGCAAAAAAACCGCGCCCACUACCAGAAAAUGCACGAGCAGGGUAAAACAGCUCAGGCCCGUGCCGAUCUUGCACGAUUAGCAAUUAUCCGUCAACAGCGUGCCGAUGCCGCUGCUAAACGGGGUACUCCACCAAAAAAGGCUGAUGACCAAAGCCAGCCGGGCACCAGUAAAUCGGACAACUAGUGUCCGAUCAACAAGCGAGAGGAGUUCGUGUAGCUAUAGAAUUGUGUGUGGCUGACGAGGACAAGCGACAGCAACAAACGACGACGACCAAGCAGGAUUAAAUCAACUGAAUUCUGGGAUUUCCUCCAGCUUGAAAUAAAUCUAAUUAAACUAAUUGUUAUAAUUGCUAGAGAUAAUUUUAGUAAGUUUUAAUUCUCUCAAGAAAUUUUUGUAUUUCCUUUGCAAUAUUGAAGCAAAAAUGAUUAAAAAAAAAAAGAAAUGAUCAAGUAAACAAACUCAGUGUGUGACACUUAAGUUUCAAA